AUGGAGUCAGCGACGUGUGUACCCCCAGGCGAACCACCGGGCGGCAAUACCCAUGCGUUCCUCGAUCUAUUCAUGGUGGUGACCGUGGGGCUCGCGCUUUGCGUCGUGCUCUUCCGCGUGCUGUUCACCGUGUUCCCCAUGCCGGCGCAGAUAUCUACAGGCGGCAAUGCCAGCCCCACCGCGAGUCCUGAGGCCACGCGCAGCCUCAAGACUUUGGAUCGGCACCCUGUCAAGCGAGCGACAAGUGUGCGCGACCGUUUGGAGCGCGAGACCCGCGCGCGACUACCGCGUCGCUCCACGUACUACUCAAUGCCCUUCUUCGCCGAUACGGUGGCUAACAAGCAGGAGUUUGUCGAGAGUCUCGUGGAGUUGGGUGAUGCACCGCUGGACGGCUGGCUACUGGUUAAGAAGGGCUUGCAGCGUGGCAAACACUGGAAGAAGAGGUUUGUGGUGCUAGACGCGCAUGCAAGGAUCAAAUACUACCCGAAUGCUGACGCUGCUAGGCGCAAUACGAAUGUAAAGGGAUCACUGGCGGUGCAUGCCGUGAAGCCCGCCGAUCCGUUCGAGUUUGGAGCCAACACCCUCGAGAUUCGAGGUACGCUGGGCGGCACCUACUUUUUCAGAGCGGAGGACGACAUGGCAGCGCGGUCGUGGCUUUGUGUGCUCACGAUGCGCGCCAUUCAGGGCCACGUACCAGGACGCAUUGACAGUGUGCUCAGCGCUGCGGUUGCGCCCCUGCCGUCGCAGUCGCAGACGACCAAUGGCGGCGCUGCUCCCCCGCUCGCGUCGAAGCUGCAUUCAUUCUCUGAAUCGAACGAAAAUGGAUUCAACCCGCUAAACGCCACAGCUAGUGCUCUAAACCUUCUGAGCAGCCCUGGUGAAGAUGUUGAGGUCCCUCCGGUAAGGCUGAAAUCGCACGCGCUGGAGCUUGUGGUGCAAGACAUGAGUUAUGACAAGGACGCAUCGCUGCGCCAGUUCUACGUAGUGGCCAAGUUCAAGUCCGAACUCCACGACUAUUCGAGUGUCCCAGUGGGUCAGACUUCUCCCAAGCCGAGAGGCGAGAAGGGCGAGAAAGGAGCCGUGGUCAAGUGGAAUGAAAAACUGUCGUGGCACUUUCAAGAUCAUCUGUGCUCGGAGUGCCAAGAAUGUCGCUCGUUGGGUGCCAUGUCAGGUGCUUUCUGCGGUCUGCCUGACAUUAUGGUGCUGCAUGUGUAUGAGAUUCAUCUGCGCUACUUGACGACGAAAAUCGGAGAAGUAUCGCUAUCUCUCCGAGAACUACUGGGCUUUACGGGCAUGCGAACGGCUCAAUUCACAUGCGCGUGGCCCGUCACUUCUACUCGUGAUGCCAUUCUCGGACAACUCAUGCUGUCUCUGAAAUACUCCGUGGAUAAUGCCGGUGGAGCUGAAUUGAUGAAGUUUCUUGUGACCUCUGCUGAUGAGCGGGAACUGGUUGGCGAAUAUCCACUCCACGCGUCUCUGACAAGCGCCUACGAUUUCUUUAAGAACUUUUUGGCGAAUGGCACGUCGGACCGCUUGAGCGAGUACUACAAGGAGCGAGGCGACACGGAAAUUGAACUCGGCGACUGGACCCCGUCUAAGGAAUUUGGUGGUCAAACACGCACGAUGAGCUGCCGCUCGCCCACGAACGCAUCGAUUGGUCCUUCGCACACUAUGACAACCACAACGGAUCACGUGCCUUUUGACGAGGGAGGCAUCGGUGACAACGAUAAGCUCGUGAUGCAGUCGAAGGUAUUCAUGCACGACAUCCCCUAUGGCGAUUGUUUCUCCGUUGAAAAGGUGACUGUCGUGGAGCGAGUUCCUUCCAACGACGGAAGCCCAGGGCAGCUCGUGGCCAAGAUUUAUCUUGGAGUCCCAUUCUCCAAGGGCUGCAUGUUCAAGUCAAAGAUCAUUUCUGCGACGCGUGAGGCUAUGGCGAGCUCGUCGAAACUGUACUUCCACAUGGUGAACCGAUCGAUCGAGAAUCCUGGUGCUUCGCUGCCCGCAACACCUGCGAAGCCAUUUUUGGUGUCCACAGAGGAGGAACGGCAAGUUGUUGGCGAAUAUGAGUUACACCCUGCUAUCAAGGAUGCCCUCCACUUUUUCGAUCUGUUCUACGCGGACAAUACACUGUCGCGAUGGCAGAUGAUUCACCAAGAAGCAGGAGACACGGAGCAUGUCCUCGGCAAGUGGGAGGAUUCAGCAGAAUACGGUGGUCAGGUGCGUGAGAUGAAGUAUCGUGCCAAGAGUACGUCCCCUCUUGGACCGUCUACAACGAUGGCAGAACAGAUUGUGCAUGUGCCGUUCUCUUCUCAAGAUCGUGACAGUUUGGAUGCAGAUCGACUUGUGAUCGAACACAAGCUGACGUUGCUUGAAAUCCCCUAUGGAGACUGCUUCCACGUCGAGACUGUGUAUGUGAUUGAACCGCGUUCAGAUGCUAUGGGGUCCCCAUUGGUUGCCAAGGUGUAUAUCGGAAUCCCGUUUUCUAAGAGCACGAUGUUCAAGUCGAAGAUCAUGUCUGCCACUAAAGAAGGCGUUGUGAAGAGUACAAAGAUGGUCUUUGACGGGCUCAACAAGGCAGUGGACGCGGAAUCGCCAUCCGAUGCAUCCGACGCAACCCGUAAUUCCACCACCACUGAACACGGGCGUAAUCGCCCACGGAGGAGUUCAUCAACAGGGGCCGCUUCUCGGCGCCGCCCUAGCGUGGCACGCUAUAACAGCACCUUAGAUGGAAGCGUCGGGCUUGAGGAGAUUUUUGAAAACCAGCGGGUGAGCAUGUUUGGAAAAUGGGCUCCCAACCACUUGCUGCCUACGGACCGACCGCGCUUCUCAAACCGAGAUGGCGACAAGGCAAUGAGUUUCGAGCAGGUUUCUCUUCCUCCGAACUGGAGCUGGACGACCCCGUGGCGAAUUGACAAGAGCUACACGGAUUGUGACGAGGAAGGAUGGAGUUAUGCCACAGACUUCCCGCGCUUCAAGUUCCAUUUAGCCCGGGGUAAGUCAAGCAUGAAGCGUUUGGGAGCAUCGGUGCGUCGUCGUCGUUGGAUUCGCAUGAUGGCGUACGUGCCGCAAGAGGCCACCACUGAUUCACCAAGCGCACCCACUGCCGGCAACAACACCAACCGCCGUAACCGUAGCCGUGCCAGUCAGGGCAGCAGCAGCGGCUCGAUGGGUUCUUAG